AUGGAUCCUAAUGAAAACGAAUAUCCUUAUGAAGGGGUUACUCCCUUAGUUGAAGAAGAAAUUAGAAAUUUGGCUAGAACUUUAACUCAUUCUUCUGUUGCAGAUAAAGCUCCAUUAGAAGAGGAAGAAGAUAAAGAUUUCAAUGACUUGGAAUUAAACUUAACUUUAUCACGUCAAUUAACUCAUUUCUCUCAAAUCCCAGGUCAAGUUCCAAUGCUUGAAGAUGAUCAAGCCUAUGUCGAUCCAAGAUUAAAUCCCCACGAUGAUGACUUUGAUUAUAAAUUCUGGAUUAAAAAUAUGCAAAAGUUGAUCCUUAGCGAUUUAGAUUAUUAUAAGCCAACAACUUUAGGGGUGGCUUACAAAAAUUUAAAGUGUUAUGGGAGAGCUUCAAAAUAUGAUUAUCAAAGUAAUGUUCUUAAUGUACCUUACAAAUUCUUAUACAAGCUUUUUAGAAGAGUCGCUCCCGAAUCAUUAUUCAGUGAUGAAUUUGAUAUAUUAAAGCCAAUGGAUGGAUUAUGUAAACCAGGGUCAUUAACGGUUGUACUUGGAAGACCAGCAGCUGGUUGUACAACUUUAUUAAAAACAUUAUCCUCACAUACUUACGGAUUCCAUGUUGACAAGGAAUCUGUAAUUAGAUACAAUUCAUUAACCCCAAGUCAAAUUGCUAAUCAUUACAGAGGUGAUGUUGUUUAUUGUGCCGAAACUGAACAACAUUUCCCAAAUUUGACUGUUUUCCAAACUUUAGAGUUAGCUGCAUUAUUAAGAACUCCAGAAAAUCUUCCUGAAGGUGUAUCAAGAGAAGCUUAUGCAAAGCAUUUAACUGAAGUAUAUAUGGCCACUUAUGGUUUAAGUCAUACUAGAAAUACAAAAGUUGGUAAUGAAUAUAUUACUGGUGUCAGUGGAGGUGAAAGAAAGAGAGUCUCUAUUGCUGAGGUAGCAUUAAGUCAAGCCUUUGUACAAUGUUGGGAUAAUUCUACUAGAGGUUUAGAUGCUGCUACUGCAUUAGAAUUCCUUAGAGCUUUAAGAACUUCAGCUGAUAUUACUGGUACUACACCAAUCAUUGCUAUUUAUCAAUGUUCUCAAGAUGCUUAUGACUUAUUUGAUAAUGUGAGUCUUUUAUAUGAAGGUUAUCAAAUAUAUUUUGGUAAAGCCAAUAAGGCUAAACAAUUCUUUUUAGAUAUGGGAUAUGAAUGUCCUGCAAGACAAACUUCUGCUGAUUUUUUGACUUCAUUGACCAAUCCUGCUGAAAGAAUUGUUCAAAAAGGGUUUGAAAGUAAAGUUCCAAGAACAGCCGAAGAAUUUUAUGAAUAUUGGCAAAAUUCACCAGAAAGAGCUCAAUUAGUCAAUGAUAUUGAUGCUUAUAUCGAACAUCAUACCGGCAAUAAUUACCAUGAUAGCUUUAAAGAAUCGCAUAUUGCAAGACAAAGUAAACAUACUAAUCCAAAAUCAUCUUAUACUGUAUCAUUCUGGAUGCAAGUAAAAUAUAUUACCUAUAGAAAUUACUUAAGAACAAUUGCAUCUCCUACUGUAUUCAUUUUCCAUAUUUGUGCAAAUAUUGGUAUGGCAUUAAUUAUUUCAUCAAUUUUCUAUAAUUUGCAGCCAACGACUGGAUCAUUCUACUAUAGAAGUGCUGCUAUGUUCUUUGCCAUUUUGUUUAAUGCAUUCUCUUGUAUUGUUGAAAUCUUUCUGCUUUAUGAAGCUAGACCAAUUGUUGAAAAGCAUAAAACAUAUGCAUUAUACCAUCCAUCAGCUGAUGCUCUAGCUUCUAUUAUUAUGGAAAUGCUGUCAAAAAUCAUUAUUGCCAUUGGUUUUAACUGUGUUUACUAUUUCAUGGUCAAUUUCAGAAGAGAGCCAGGAAGAUUCUUCUUCUAUCUAUUAAUCAACUUUGCUUCUACACUUUCCAUGUCCCAUCUUUUUAGAACCAUUGGGGCUGCAACAAAGACUUUAUCAGAAUCAAUGACUCCAUCGACUUUAUUGUUACUUGCGUUUAUGAUUUUUACAGGUUUCGUUAUUCCAACUCCAAAGAUGUUGGGUUGGUGUAGAUGGAUUAAUUAUAUUGAUCCAGUCGCUUAUACAUUCGAAGCUUUAAUGGCCAAUGAAUUUCAUGAUAGAGAAUUUGCUUGUGCUCAAUUUGUUCCAUCCGGUGGUAACUAUCCUGAUACUCCUGACAAUAGAAUAUGUUCUGUAGUUGGUGCUGAAUUGGGUCUGAAUUAUGUUAAUGGUGACAGAUAUAUCAAUAUUUCCUUUGAAUAUUAUUACAGUCAUAGAUGGAGAAAUUUCGGAAUUAUUGUUGCAUUUAUUGUAUUCUUCUUAUUUACUUACAUUAUAUUAUGUGAAUAUAAUAAAGGAGCCAUGCAAAAGGGUGAAAUCUUAAUCUUCCAAGAACGUGCUUUAAGGAAGAAGAAAAGAGCUAUGCAUGAUCAAGAAUCGGGAACUGUUGAAAAGGUUCUUAAAGGAUCUUCGUCUGCUUCAUCAGGUGAAACUAGAACUUUUAGUAAAUUCUUAGAAAAUCAUGAAACUUUCCAUUGGAGAGAUUUAACUUACAGAAUCAAGAUAAAGAAUGAAGAUAGAGUUAUUUUAAACCAUGUCAAUGGAUGGGUUAAACCUGGAGAAUUAACUGCAUUAAUGGGUUGUAGUGGUGCUGGUAAAACCACAUUAUUGAAUGCUCUUUCCGAUAGAUUAACUGUUGGUGUCAUUACUGAUGGAGUUAGAAUGGUUAAUGGUAGACCAUUAGAUAAUUCAUUCCAAAGAUCUAUUGGAUACGUUCAACAACAAGAUUUACAUUUGGAUAUUUCUACAGUUCGUGAAGCUUUAAGAUUCUCUGCUUACUUGAGACAACCAAAAUCAGUUUCAAAAGAGGAAAAGAAUGAAUAUGUGGAAUCGAUUAUUGAAUUGUUAGAUAUGCAAACUUACGCUGAUGCUGUUGUUGGGGUAGCUGGUGAAGGAUUAAAUGUAGAACAAAGAAAGAGAUUAACAAUUGGGGUCGAAUUAGUAGCCAAACCAAAGUUAUUAUUAUUCUUGGAUGAACCUACAUCUGGUUUAGAUUCUCAAACUGCUUGGUCGAUUUGUAAAUUAAUUAGAAAGCUUGCUGAUCAUGGUCAGUCAAUUCUUUGUACAAUUCAUCAACCAUCUGCUAUUUUGCUACAAGAAUUUGAUCGUUUAUUGUUUUUACAAAAAGGUGGUCAAACUGUUUAUUUUGGUAAAUUGGGUAAGGAUUGUCAGACUUUAAUUGAUUACUUUGAAAGAGUUAGUCCUCUUAAAUGUCCUCCAGAUGCAAAUCCAGCUGAAUGGAUGUUAGAAGUUAUUGGUGCUGCUCCUGGUUCUCAUGCUGAUAAAGAUUAUUUUGAAGUAUGGAAGAGUUCUCCCGAAUAUGCUGCAAUGAUUGAAGAAUUGGACAAUAAAGAAAGAGAAUUAGUUAAACUUCCCGUAGAUGAAGAUCCUGAAAGAUUUAAUACUUUUGCAAGGUCUAUAUGGUACCAAUAUGUAUUGGUUAGUAAGAGAGUUUUCCAACAAUAUUGGCGUACACCUUCUUUCACUUAUUCUAAGAUUUUAUUAGCAGCUUUAGCAGCAUUAUUUAAUGGGUUUAGUUUCUUCAAAGCAGACAGAUCACUUCAAGGUUUACAAAAUCAAAUGUUCCUGGUUUUCUGUUUCUUCUUCGUUUUAGCUACAUUGAUUCAACAGUAUUUACCACAUUUCGUUGCUCAAAGAAGUUUAUAUGAAGUUAGAGAACGUCCUUCAAGAACUUUUAGUUGGUUAGCAUUUAUUUGCGCCCAAAUUACUGGAGAAAUCCCUUGGAAUAUAUUAGCCGGUACUUUGGCAUUCUUCUGUUGGUAUUAUCCCGUUGGAUUAUAUAGUAAUGCUGUUCCAACUGAUACUGUUCAUCAACGUGGAGCAUUGAUGUGGCUUAAUUGUAUCUUAUUCUUUAUCUACACUGGUACGUUAGCUCAAUUAUGUGUAUCAUUUGUUGAGAUUGAAAGAAAUGCUGCAAAUAUUUCAGUUGUUCUUUUCAAUAUGUGUUUAAAUUUCUGUGGUGUUUUAGUUCCAAAGAGAUCAUUAGCUAGAUUCUGGUUAUUUAUGUAUAGAUUUAAUCCUGUUACAUAUUUGGUUGGUGCCUUUUUAGGAGUUGGUUUAGCUAAUUCAGAUGUUACUUGUGCUCCAACAGAAAUUUUAGAAUUUAAGCCAGUUACAGGAAUGACUUGUGGUCAAUUUAUGGAUCCAUAUAUUCAAGCUGCUGGUGGUUAUUUACUUGAUUCUUCUGCUACAGAUAUGUGUCAAUUCUGUUCAAUGAAGAGUACUAAUGUAUUCCUUAAAAGUAUUGAUAUUUACUACAGUGAAACAGGUAGAAAUAUUGGUGUCUUUGUUGGAUUUAUUUGCUUUAAUAUUAUAUUUACAAUAUUAUUCUACUAUAUGGCAAGAGUACCAAAGACUAGUAGACAAAAACAUCAGAAAUGA